CCGAAUAGUUGUGUUUGUUAUUAAUUAUUUCUAAAGAAUUACAGGUCAUUACACUCACUAUCGCAUUUUGUUUUGUGCAAAAGAGUUUACAAAUGGUUCACUACAUUCGUGAAUGCGCCCAAUGUAGUUGAGCCUUCACUCGUAAGGAAAUGCGUUUGAGUAAACGUGCAGCUAUAUUUACAUCUUAAGAACUACCUACGUACCGUUGUAUCUGUACCGCUACCGCAUACCUUUCCGGUGUGGUCAAGCCUUAAAAAUCCGCUAUUAAUAACGAAUCGAUUUUUUCAUUUUAACGAGUAACAUACGUUAAAAUUAAAAAAAUUGGCAGCACUCAACCCAAAGUUGCAACUAAACUGUCAAAAUGACAUUAGACAAAAUUGACAGAUAAUUUUUAGUUUUUGUUAUCAAAAUUUCUCUCGUGUAAAACGUUUUAUUUCUAAAAUCAUAAAUUAUUUAAUUAAAAUACACAAAAAUGUCUGAAAGAAAAGUUCUAAAUAAAUACUACCCACCAGAUUUCGAUCCAUCGAAAAUACCUCGUAUGAAAUUGGCUAAAAACCGCCAAUACACUGUUCGUCUGAUGGCUCCAUUUAAUAUGCGUUGCAAAACAUGCGGUGAAUAUAUUUACAAAGGUAAAAAAUUCAAUGCUCGCAAAGAAGACGUCGAAAAUGAAACCUAUCUCGGCAUUCGAAUAUAUCGUUUCUAUAUAAAAUGUACUCGAUGUCUGCAGGAGAUUUCAUUCAAAACUGAUCCAAAGAAUACUGACUAUGAGAUAGAAGCUGGUGCCACUCGUAACUUUAUGGCUUUAAAGCUGGCCGAAGAACAAGCUCGAAAGGAGGAAGAAGAACUACGUGAAGAAGAGGCAAAUAAUCCAAUGAAGUUGCUUGAGAAUCGAACGCAACAGUCGAGGAAUGAAAUUGAAUUAUUGGAAUCUCUGGAGGAAUUGAGAGAUUUAAAUAGACGACAACAGAGUGUUGACUAUGAGACUAUGUUGCAGCAAUACAACACUGUCGAAACGGAAAAGGAACGUCUUGAGAGGCAAGAACGAGAAGACGAAGAAUUCAUAAAGAGUGUGAAUUUCAAAAAUAAACAGUUUGAUGGGAAAAAGAUUAUUGUUGAGGAGAUUAUAGAAGAUAUAAAACCAGAAAAGACUGAAUCAACAGAGCCAGCCGAGAAAAAGACCAAACCUGCUAUGGGACCACCUGCUGAAGCGAGUUUUGCUGGAAGAAGUGCAUCCUCCUCAUCUCUCAAAGGUUUGGUAGUAAAAAGAAAGCAGCCUCUUGUUCUAGUUAAGCCUCGUGAGAAGGAAACAACACCGAUUCCUACUCCAAAACCUGUCACAACAGAACCUGUACCUACACCAUCAACAUCAUCAAAAACAAUUGGUGGCUUGUCUCUUCUAUCCGCCUAUUCAGAUAGCUCUGAUGGAUCGGAUUAGCAUUUAUUAAAAAUAUUUAUAAUAAUAACAACAAAUCUUAUGUACACAA